AUGGCCAAGGGAGAUGAGGGUGGUUGCGAUUCAAAGGUUCUUGAUGGUAGAAAUGCAAGAAAAAGAGAUGAAAAACAUGGGUGUUCAAGAAGUAGCAGAAAAAAGAUAAGCAAAAUAAAGAAAUGGAGAAAGGAAUACAUUUCUUAUGCUGCCAAAAUGCGAGGGAGUUCAAGAAAUUUAGGCAAGGACCAGGGAGGAGAAUUAAUGGCAGACGAAAGAGAAAGAGUGAUGGAGCUUCUAAGCAAAUUCAGGGCAAUAUGCAAGAAUCUUUUUGAAGAAAACAAGACCCAAGAGAGAGAAAGAAAGGUUUCUGAGCCUGUGAUGAGAAUCGACAUCUUAGCAGCGAGAGAGGUGAAGAAAAUGAGAUCACUCUACACAGAGAGAACCAAUUCUCCAGGCCCAAUUCCAGGAGUGGAAGUGGGGGACAAAUUUCGUUACAGGAUGGAGCUCAUCCUGGUAGGCCUGCACAGCCAUUUACAGAAAGGGAUAGAUUUCGUGACGAAUGGCGAUGGGGAAAGAAUUGCGACGAGCGUUGUGGCCUCGGCCUCUGGCGGGUAUGCCAAUGAAACGAGCGACCCAAACGUGUUGAUCUAUUGUGGGCAGGGCGGGGACAUGGUUUCUGGGGUGCAACAUGAGGAUCAGAGUUUGAAUAACCCUGGAAACUAUGCACUGAAGAACAGCAUUAGAGUGAAGAAUCCUGUGAGGGUAAUCCGAGGCACCAAGGAAAAGGCAUCUUCAUUUGAGACAACGUUUGUGUACGAUGGGCUGUACGAGGUUGUGGAAUUCUGGAGAGACACUAGCUGCAGUGGCAAGGUUCUGUACAAGUUCAAGCUGGUGAGGAUUACUACUGGAUCAUCCUGAUCACUCUCAAUAUAUGUUGCUAGUUUUAACUUUUAAUUGGCAAAUUCAAAUAAAAUUGGAAUUUGUAGUAAGAUUGGGGAU